AUGAGAUUUAUCUCUACUUUAUUAAUUGCUCUUACAGUUUUCGCUGUUUGCAAUGCUCUCGAUUUAAAUAAGCCAGUUUUGGACGAUAAGUUCAUCCACAACCACAAUGCCAACGGUGCAUCAUGGGUUGCCGGUAGAAACCCACGUUUCGAAGGUCAAUCAAUCGGUGACAUUCUCGGUCUCCUCGGAACCAAGAAGCCAAGAAACACCCCAGAAGAAGUCUCAGUCUCCAAGGUUGCCGUUCCAAACUCAUUCGACUCCCGUACCAACUGGCCAGGUUGUGUCCACGCCGUCUUAAAUCAAGGUCAAUGUGGUUCAUGUUGGGCUUUCGCCGCUUCAGAAUCAUUGUCCGAUCGUCUCUGUAUCGCCUCACAAGGAGCCAUCAACGUCACCUUGUCCCCACAAGCUUUGGUUUCAUGCGACAUUGAAUUCAACCAAGGUUGCAACGGUGGUAUCCCACAAAUGGCCUGGGAAUACCUCGAAUUGCACGGUAUCCCAACCGACUCAUGUUUCCCAUACACCUCUGGUAACGGUACCGCCCCAGACUGUCAAAAGGAGUGUUCCGACGGAUCCAAAUACCAAUUGUACAAGGGUAAGACCUUCACCUUGAAGACCUGCUCUUCCGUUGCUGCCAUCCAAGCCAACGUCUUUGCCUACGGUCCAAUCGAAGGUACCAUGGAUGUCUACCAAGAUUUCAUGUCCUACACCUCUGGUGUCUACGUCAUGACCCCAGGUUCCAAAUUGUUGGGUGGUCACGCCAUCAAGAUCGUUGGUUGGGGUACUGACUCCACCUCCGGAUUGGACUACUGGAUUGUUCAAAACUCAUGGGGUUCAGAUUGGGGUAUGAACGGUUUCUUCUGGAUCCAACGUGGAACCAACAUGUGUGGUAUUGACAGAGACGCCUCUGCCGGUCAAGCCGAUAUCUCAUCCCUCUAA